AUGAUUACCAAGAUUCUUUAUUUCGUGUUAAUGAUAAGUAAUUUGCAAGCUCAAGCCGUAAAAUACCAAAAUGAAACUGAAGAAAGAUGUCCCGGAGUUUACGACUGUUUUCCGUCUGAUGGAGAUUCUUUUGAUCCAGAAAGAUUGCUUGGAGAAAUGGAAUUUUUGUCGACUUCUUCACGUUAUACAACGUAUUAUCUUUACACUAGAAAAAAUCCAGAACAUUACCAAAUUCUGAUUGACGGAGACGUUGAAAAUAUAAAGCAAUCAACAUUUGAUCCUCAAAUUCCAACAAAAAUGAUCGUUCAUGGUUAUAGAAGAGACGCUUUUGAUGAUUGGGCUCAGAUGUUGAAAGGCGCACUUUUAAAACACGGAGAAUAUAAUGUGAUUAGUGUUGAUUGGAAUAAAGCAGCAACGGCCUUCUAUCCUUACGCUAUCGUCAAUACGUAUAAAACUAGUAAAGAAAUCGCUCAUAUGAUUUCUUUUCUGAAGGACGUAACUGGGUCAGGUUUAAGCCAAUUUCAUGUAAUCGGUACGACUUUAGGGGGUCAGUUAGUGAGUUACGUUGGUAAGCAUUUGGAUGGAUUAGGGAGAGUAACAAGUUUGGAUCCUGCUGGUCCCGGUUAUCUGAAGAAUCCUCCAGAACAUAGAAUCGAUAUUGGAGAUGCGUUAUUUGUAGAUAUUAUCCAUACAAACGCAGAAGAGAGAUUUAAAGGAUAUGGAUACCCUUAUCCUGUAGCUCAUGUAGAUUUUUAUCCAAAUGGUGGAGUCAAUCAACCUGGUUGUCUAGAUGGGAUCAUCGCUACUCUAACUAAAAGAGAUUACGAUAAUUGCAACCAUAGAUGGGCCAAUUUUCUUUUUAUAGACAGCAUACUUAAUCCUCAAUGCCCUUACGUGGCUUAUGCUUGUUCCGAUUGGGACACAUUCUUAGAAGGACGAUGCGCCGAUUGCGGAGAUGAUGGCCAAAAUUGUGCCGUUUUGGGACUUCAAUCGGAUACUUAUGCUCCUAGUAGAGAUGUCAAAAAUCCCAGAAAAUACUUCUUAAAAACGAAUAGUCAAUGGCCAUAUUGUUUGUAUCACUAUCAAAUUAUUGUAAAAUUAAGUAGAGAAGGUGAAACUCAGUACGGUUCCUUAUAUCUAACAUUAGAAGGUCAAUUUGAUAAAGUUUCCUCCCAGUUAAGUAAGAAUAUUGAAACAUUUGUACCUGGUGAAACUUAUGUCUACUUAGUUACAAGCCCCAAAGAUAUUGGCCCGGUCGAAACUGCUAAAAUAUUUUGGCUCCGUUCUUUAUACAAAGUACCCGAUACAAAGGAUCCAAUGUUGUUCGUGGAAGCUAUUCAAGUUAAAUCCAUGUCGACACUCGAAAGAAACAAUCAAAUAUCUUCUCUGUGUGGAAACGGUGGAGCGAUACCCAAUUUAGAUCAAGUUCUGACAAAAUGCUCUGAAAGGUUAGAUUUACGUCCGAGUGAUCCCAUUCCCAGAAGAGUGAAAUUUUUUGGAGAGAGAAUUGGGAAACAGUACGAAAGAAUUAAAAAACCAAACGGAAAUCCAUACGACUACAGAUAUUUUGUUCAACACUCCAUAAAUCAUCAAUGA